ACCGGCCGGAGGGAGAAAGUCUCCGCGCAGUGUCGCAUCCGCGAAAAAGUAGCACGCGAUGGAAAGCGUAAAUAUUUACAUCUCUUGAGAGUGUUCGUCGGAGCAUUUUUUUUAUUUCUUAAUCAUGAUAGACGGGAACAUCUCGAUGGAGGAGGACACGGAAUUACGGGACCUGGUGGUGCAGACCUUGGAGACUAAUGGAGUUCUCGCCAAAAUACGGGCGGAACUCAGGGCGAACGUGUUCCUGACACUCGAGGAACAGGAUUCGGUGAUGAAUCCUGAACCGCUUCUCAACAAAACUGUAAAGCAGUACCUGUCCAAUUCAGAAGGAAAAUUAUUGUUUUCCUUGGUUAGGGAGUUCCUAGAAUACUUUGGUCUUGAAUACACGAUAUCCGUAUAUGAUCCAGAAACGUACUUUGGCAAGGAAUAUAAUUACAUAGGAAGAAAUAAGUUGUGCGAGGAACUGGGUAUUGAUUCGACUGAGCCGUUACUGGGAGAGAUUCUGAAAAACAGCAUCAACGGUGCCUUUAAUAGUUCUCAGAAGAGCAAAACUAAUGACAGACACGAUGAAACGGACGAAGCCUCAACGAACUUCGCGAACGCGACGUUCGAAGUCUCGGUCCCGAAAAUGAUCCACAAUGAAUCUGUGUCGUCGUCGUCGAAUGACAACGACCUCUCCGAGAAGUUAGAGAGCAUUUCCGAGCAAAGCCCGAAAGUUUCAAUAAACGUGACAAUAACGGACAAGAAAUGCAAAGAUCCACCGGUCGUCGCUGACGUUACAGCGGAUACGUCGGGUUGUGAUAAGCGUCAAUCCUCUCUCAGGGAGAAUACAACAGAACAUGAUGGAAUUGAAGGUAACGGGAAUAAUAACGUAAUUUUUGAUAAGAGUACUGCGAGCCCAUACGAUGUCCGCACGAACGACCUGGCGCAGGAGACUGAUAGUAAUGUUACUUCUAAUCAAACGAGUCCACUAAACAAAUCCGAGUCUCUAAUUAAGUUUGACGAAUCUAUAGUAAUUGACGCGCGAGCAAAUCAAAACAAAGAUGUACUAACUAAGCAAAACAGUAUAAAUAGCUUGGAGUUAAGCAUAGAGAAUAACGUACAAAAUAAGAAGCCGGUUAACGUGGGAGGCAACUUCGGGAAAACUAUAUACUUCGACGAGAUUAUCGUCGGCGGCGAGCGAAAGAACGUCAAUACGAUGGGCGACGCCGAACCCUUUCUGGAGGGCUUGCCAGCGAUAAAUCAAAAUUCUAUAUUCGGCGAUUUGCCGCCGCUCAAUGGCAAAAAGGCCAAUAUUAACGAUUUGAAACAGUUGAUGGAUAUUGGUCUUGCCACUGAUGGUAUAGAUAAUUACGAAGAGGACUUUGUGUCAUCCGCGUCUGGCAGCGCGAACGAGCAAAGCCCCUCGAAGGAACCGGAUAAAACGGGCAGCCCUCUCAAAUUGCGAACGAAGAAGGAGGAGACGCCUCAAAGCGCUCGCACCGAGAACCUGAGCGAGGAUAUUGAAGAGGUAGACGAAAUAUUGAGCAGUACUUCCUGCCUCGAAGAUACGAAUACGGAUAAGAAUAUAUCAAACUUUACGACGGGUAUUACCGCGGAUUACAUAUAGAAGAACUUUUCACUCGUGUCACUCUUAUACAGAUUCUCUCCGUGAGAAAAUUAGACAACUAGAAAAAAAAUUAAUCUCUCCUGUACGUAACAACUCGACGAGAUCGAGAUAUCCUACCGCUGGAGCAUCCUCCCGGGAUGUCUGCGCCAAUUAUCAUGAGAAUUCAGGAACAUCAGAACGUUGAAAAUUCAUAGUUUCUGAUAAGGGCACUGCCAACCUUGUGGCUCAAUACUUAUAUAAGUUGCGCUGCAAAGAAAAGAGAAAAAAGCAAAAAAAAAAAUAAAAUAAAAAAGGAAAAGACGUAGAAGGAAAAUGUCUGAAUGGAUAUUUCGAUACACGAUAGAUGAUGCGAUAUUUUUAUACAUGAAACGGUUCGUAAAAAUGAGCGACGCUUCGAGACUGUCCAUAGCUCAUGGUAACAAUAGUAUACUCGAAUAAACAUCAUUAAUCUAUCUCACAGAUUUUCCCCGAGAUAUUACACAAUGAAAAAAAGCAAUACGAUUAAUCAAGACGCUGUUGUUAAUAAGCAUGCAAUAUGUAUUUUUUAUAAUCCGUUGUAUAAACAUUGUUUCUCGCCAUUGAUUACGAUGUCGACUCGAUUAAAGGGCGAAUAAGUGUAUGGAGAAUUCUAUUAAAUUAUUGCUAUAUUAAUGUAAAUUUGCAAUAUAUUUUUAAAGUUUUUAUCUCAGAGGACAACACUAACAAUAUGUAAUAUAUAAAAAUAAACUUAUUUAAUUUUAUUCAACUUCAGACAGACUACCUUCUACGUUGUAAUGUAAAACUAUGCCUAGUAUUAUUACUCUUACAAGCAAACUACACAAGUGUUAUGAUAAUUUGAAUAUUAGGGAAAUAUGAAGAUUACAGUUACUGCUUGUUAGUAACUUAACUUAGUCAUAUGUCUCUCCUUUUUUAGAAUAUGUCUUUCUAUUAGCGUUUUGAUGUGUUUACUAAAAAGUACGUUUAAUUUUAUGACUGAACAUUGUCCAUUACCUCAUUUAUAUAAAGUUACUGAUAUAGUGUUGUAACAAUAUCAGGAAAUCGUCCGUCUAGAUAUGGAUUGCCUAAAAAGAUCCAUCAAAUUAUUUUUUCGAACAUAAUGGUGCUAAGUGUUUGAAGCUAAAGUUAUUUAUGAAAGUUAACGUUAUCUAAGGAAAAAAAAAAGAAUUAGGUGCUUAUAUAUUUUCUUGCAUCCACGAUUCAUAGAAAAUUAUGAUUAGCGAAAGCUGUAGGAGACUAGGAUAUUAAUUUUUGGGUAAUCCAACUCAUAAAAAAAAGGAAUGGAAAAGGGAAAUACUUAAUGUGGAUAUUUUACGCUCUCAUAUAAGAUGCAAUAACUAAGUACAACUCGAAGUGGAUCAACUAGAUGCUUGACAAAUCAAAAUCCUUUUAUAAGAAGUAUAUAGCCAGCCAGAAUUUUUCAUUGACAGAUAGACUAUGUUACAAUUACUACCGAUAUUAGAAACUACGGUUCGAAAGAAGAAAUUCCGUCGCUCGAUGACAUUUGAAUUGGCUAACGUUCGCUACGCUCGUCAUUCAGCUGAAGAAAGAUAAUUAAAAACAAGAUCAUUUGCUACGAUCGGAUAUUUACUUCAGAUUUUAUCAUAUGCUGGGAUGCAUGUAAUUAUUUUGCUAAAUAUUCAUACUCGUGAAUUUACAAAUUCACGGUUCAACGGAACCGCGAGACCCUGCGGGGCAAGUACUCGUACUUAUUUUUAAAAAUCACGUACGUGCAUACGUAGUAACGGAAUCGCUUAAUUCGAACUACCGUUUGUCUUGAUAUACGCAAACCUUGGGGAAAAAA